AUAAGGAUCAUCAAUUAGAUUUUAGUAACAAAAUUUGUAGCGAUGAAGAUAUCUUUUUGACAGAAACUACUUAUCCUAAUGAGGAAUCAGUUCAACAAAAUAAUCCUGAUUCUAAUAAGAGCUAA